AUGGAGCCUUUAUUCAAUGGUGCACCCUUUAAUCCACAGCGCUAUGGAAGUAACAAUAUUCCACAGCCUGCAGAUCGCUUAUACUCUUACAGCGGAUACACCGCUGGUCUCAUGACUAGUAAUCAAGCAGGUCCGUCGGGACCCUCCGCUGUCAUGUCGCUUAAACAACACCACCAGCCUCAACAUUCAAUCCCACCUGCACAACCUCCUCUUCCAGCGAAUUCUGGAAUAAUGGCAGCAUCAGUGUCAUCAGCAGCGCCAACUUCCGCUGGAACGAGUAUAGGGGAACGUUAUUCUGGAAUGUAUGCUUCUACGGGAUUUGACAUUCUGUCCGUCCUGUCACGCGUUGUCAAUAGACCAAACCCCCAGAUCAAUUUGGGGCCUGUCGAUCUAUCCAGCUCCAUAGUUGUAGUGGAUGCACGACAGUAUGACUUUCCUAUUAUAUAUGCAUCUCCUAUGUUUGAGCGUCUCACAGGCUACGCUCCCUAUGAAGUCAUUGGCCGCAACUGCAGGUUUUUACAAGCGCCAGAUGGUUGUGUCGCAAUGGGAUCCAGACGACGGUACACGGACAACAGCACAGUCUGUCACAUCAAAACACAUUUGGUUCAGGGCAAAGAAUCACAAGCCAGCAUUAUUAACUAUAAAAAGUCGGGCCAGCCAUUUGUCAACCUUUUGACAGUAAUUCCAGUAUCUUACGAAGCAGAAGAGGAAAUUGACUAUUUUGUCGGGUUGCAGGUUGAUCUUGUAGAACAACCGAAUUUGAUCAUUCAAAGCAUGAAGGAUGCCACCUAUACAGUCAACUAUAGGAACGUAAUGAUUCCACCGUAUAUACCACUAUCAUCAUCAACACAACAAGAUGGCCAACAAGUUGUGCCUGCACAAGAAUGGACGAGACCGCCAUCACCAAAACCGGCUUCUAGUCCACCUCCAGUGACAGAGGCUGCUGAAGAACCUGUGGAUAUCGAACAGCUGAUUGCGGAAGCCAGUCGAGAUAAUGGCAAAUACAAACGAUGCUGGGAAGAACUGCUUUUGGAAGAAAGCCCCGACUUCAUGCACGUAUUGACGAUCAAGGGGAUUUUUCUUUACUGUUCUGAUUCAAUACGUAGCAUACUUGGCUACGAGCCAAACGAGCUGGAGGGUAAAUCGAUCAGCACAGUGUGCCAUCCGUCAGACAUGACGACUGUCUUACGCGAGCUGAAGCAAUCAUCCAACGGACCAAGCGAGCGGGUCUACCUCAUCUACCGGAUACGACAAAAAAACGGCAAUUAUAUGUGGAUUAAAUGCGUGGGACGGUUACACAACGAGGACGGACGGGGGCGGAAGUAUAUCGUUCUUUCAGGGCGAGAGAGACCAGUAUAUCAGUUGACGACACAUGCUGCUUCUCUUGGACGCAAGAUACAAGGAGGUUCGGGAUCAGCAUCGUCACCAUCAUCGAGCGAUAACAGGAGUGCAGAUGAUCAUGAAGUGUGGUGCAAGUUGAGCACAGACGGUCUGUUGCUCUACGCGAGCUGGUCCUGCGCCAACAUUCUAGGAUAUCCUCCAAAAGAAAUCACUGGUCAUUCCAUGUAUCAGUUUCUCAAGAGUAAUCGCACAACCGAUUUAACUCGAACAUUGGCUGAAACCAAAGAAGGGAAAAUCGUUCACCUUCAGCACACACUUCUUAAUAGUGCUGGUAUCGAGAUAUCCGUCGCUUCCACGUUUUAUCCCGACGGAUCAACAACGUGUUUUUCGGAGGAUCCAGGCUUUGUUUUAAUGCAUAUCAGGAUGGCAGCCGAUACCCAACCGGAUCAAGAACCAAUGUUGAUAUCUCUCGAUCUCGAUGUCAAGAAAAAGGACAGAUCAAAUAAUAAUACAGACAGCAACAGUAGUAGCAACAACAGUAUUGACGGAUCACAACAACAACAAUCCACCGUUGAACCAGAAAAGAUGAUAAAGGAACUUGACAUUAAGCACGAGACAAACUGGCAAUACGAAUUACAUCAGCUGCGAAUAAGUAACAAUAAGCUUAGAGAGAGCUUGAAUGAGGCCUUAAAGAAACAGAAAGAGGUAUCGAGAACGCCAGUAGAUGCCAUUUGUCAAGGCUGCUUACGGAGGCUGGGAGGAUACCAAGAAUUUAUCGAGUGUAGAUCACAGGAUCAACCUUUGCUCUGUAACACUUGUAUUCUGCGACGUUCGUCAGAUGGCGUGUAG